UCAUGAUAUCGCUAUGCCUGUCCUUCCCCUGUCUCCACCGCCGGAAUCAGUGGCGGAGGGCGGCCAAAUUUUCAAUUUAUAUGGUUGGACGAAUAUCGCCGCCUCUUUUGGUUUCUUGGGUUCCUCCGGAUUCACAAUAGCUUCUGAGCCUUUGACACCCGGCUCUUCGUCAGUUCGCCCUCCCGCCCCCAACUUCCACACUGUUGCUGCUGCCUGCUGGACUCCUUUCUGAGUCUCUGCAUCUGCUCGACCGCAACCCGUCGUCAGGUUAUUGGUUCGUCCAUCGCCCUACAGCCGGAGAGUCGCACCGCCCGCCGGAGCUGGCCGCCUGCCGGCGUGCCGCUGAUGUUUGAUAUACUGCAAGACCGUAAAAAUGGUCACAAUGCAAACCACCCACAUCGUUCGAGGACCCAUUGAUGGCCUUGAUACAACGAUACGGAGAUAUGGAAUCGGGGUCCUAUUGUUGCAGCUGGUUGCUUGUAUGAAUCGCAUUUUAACGUGGAGUAACUACAAAGGGGAAAGGAAGCGAAAGGGAAAACAACGAUAGAGAAAGAAGGCUCCACUUGUCCCUAAUGUGCUUGCAUAAAUAAUUCUGAGGGUCCCAUAUUGAGGAUAUCCUAAAGGAAACAAUGUUCACUGGGGACUUCUUUAGUGUGAAGAGAGAUAUGGAAGUGUUCCAUUUCUCCAUCAGUUUGCCACGUAAAUUUUCCACAUGGAUCUGAUGAGCAUGGUUAGGAAUUGACUUCAAUUUCUUUGUGUGUAGAGAUUGAGAUUCAUCUAAAUGCUGAGAAGAAGAGAUUGUGUGUUGAUUCUGAGUUUACGAAGGAAGAUAUUUGGGGGUUUUCAAGUUUUAAGCAUAUUGAGCUGGCUCCCCCAUGGACUGGAAUCCUGAAGCCUAUGAAUUCACACUUCUCUGACAUGUAGAAUGCACUCUUAUGGCUUCCUUGGCUGCCCAAUUUCGCGGUCAUCAAUUUGGAGGAACGAUGCUUAUCACCAUUUUCAUUUGCUGAAGAAACCAAGAACCAUGCAGGUCGCUCAGUUAAGCAUUGCUUCAGUGGCCCUUCCAGUGGUAGAAACAGAUGGUCUAACUUCAACUCUUGAAAUUGAAAAAAAUAUGAACCUCCGUCCAUUGCCGACAUCUAGCUUCCGGAGUGGGAAGCAGAUAUUGAUGGAUUAUUCAACCAUGGUUCUGAACUGCACAAAAAAAUUGUCUAUCCGGGAAGGGAAAUCAGUCCAUGGGAAUCUUAUUAGAAACCAUGUUGAGCCUGACAUGCAUUUAUAUAAUUGCUUGAUUGGUAUGUAUGCUAAGUUUGGAUUGAUGCCCCAUGCACGCAAAAUGUUUGACAGUAUGCCUCGACGAGAUGUUGUAUCUUGGAAUUCUUUGUUUUCUGGGUAUGUUGCAGAAUGUAGAGGGGACGAAGCUAUUACCUUGUUUUGCAAUAUGGUGGAAACUGGGAUUCAACCUAACGAGUUUGCUCUGGCUACCGGUUUGAAGGCCUGUGCCUUGUGUUUUGAGGCAGGUAUGGGAGAACUUCUGCAUGCACAUGCUCUCAAACGUGGGUUUUUAGCUGACGUGGUUGUUGGUUGUGCCCUUGUUGAUCUGUAUUCUAAAUGUGGUGAGAUGAAGCAUGCUGAGAGCGUGUUCUGGCGCAUGUCACACCAUAAUUCUAUUUCGUGGAAUGCACUUCUGUCUGGCUAUGCUCAGCUUGGUAAUGCUGAGAGAGUUUUGGACCUGUUUCAACAGUUGACUGAGGAGGAGGUCAAGUGGAGCAAAUUCAUUUUGUCUAGUGUGCUAAAGGUAUGUGCUUGUAUGAGAAAUAUAAGAGAAGGAAAGAGUAUUCAUGCUUUGUUGGUCAAGACAGGGAUCAAUCUAGAUGGAUUUCUUCAAAGUUGCCUUCUCGAUGUUUAUGCAAAAUGUGGAUUAGUGGAGGAUGCACACAAAAUCUUUGCUAGAAUUCCUGUUCAUGACGUUGUGUCUUGGAGUGCUAUGAUAACAUGUUUUGCUCAACAUGGUUAUGGUCAUGAGGCUUUUCAGUCUUUUUGUGACAUGAGAAAAACAAACAUUAUGCCGAACCAGUUUACUCUUGCUAGCAUCAUUAGCUCUAUUACUGACGUUGUUGAUGAUAAAAUACAAGCUGCAAGUAUUCAUGGUUAUGUUAUAAAAGUUGGUUUUGACUUGGAAAACAUUGUUGGAAAUGCUUUGGUGCAAAUGUACAUGAAAUUUGAUGCUGUUCAGGAAGGAUGUAGAGUGUUUGAUUUGAUGGUAUGUCAUGAUACAAUCUCAUGGAAUGCGCUGCUUUCUGGAUUUCAAAGUAGUAACUCUUGUCUUGAAGGACUUAAUACUUUCAUCAAAAUGCUCUUGGAAGACAUCAAACCCAAUAAAUAUUCUUUUGUAAGUGUUUUACGUUCUUGUACUAAUCUCUUGGGAGCAAAGCACGGAGAACAAGUUCAUACACAUGUUAUCAAGCAUGGACUCGAGGAGGACUGUUUUGUAGGAACUGCUCUUAUUGAUUUGUAUGCAAAAUAUGGGUUUUUAGUUAAGGCACGUCGAGUCUUCGAUAGAAUGCUUGAAAGAGAUGUUUUCACUUGGACUGUGAUCAUCACAGGCUAUGCUCACAAUGAUGAGGGAGAGCAAGCUCUCAGGUGCUUCCAACUAAUGCAACGUGAAGGUAUUAAUGCUAAUCAGUUCACUUUGGCAAGCUGCCUAAACGCUUGUUCUAGCAACUCUGCUUUAGGAAACGGCUGUCAAUUUCAUUCAUGGAUAAUUAAAAGUGGACUGUUGAGUGAUAUAUAUGUGGCAAGUUCGCUGGUUGACAUGUACAGUAAAUGUGGGUGCAUGGAGGAAGCAGAGACUUUGUUUCACGACUUGGAUGCAAAAGAUGUGGUCGCUUGGAACACUUUAAUAUGUAGCUAUUCACAACAUGGACUUGGAAAGAAAGCUCUUGGAGCCUUCAAAGACAUGCUUGAAGAAGGCUUGAGACCAGAUGAAGUGACUUUUCUGGGUAUUCUUUCUGCAUGUAACCAUGUGGGCUUAAUUAAAGAAGGCAAACAAUAUUUUGAAUCAAUGAACCAAGUUUAUGGCAUUAAUCCAACCAUGGAACAUCUUGCCUGUAUGGUGGGUAUCCUAGGUCGGGCAGGCAACCUUGAUGAGGUCAAAAGCUUUAUUGAGAGAAUGUCACUGACACCCGAUGCUUUAAUUUGGGAAGCUGUUCUUGGUGCUUGUAGAAUGCAUGGAAAUGUUGAAUUGGGUGAAGAGGCAGCUGAGAAGCUCUUCGAAAUAGAUCCACUUAGGGACUCGACUUACAUAUUGCUAUCCAACAUUUAUGCUGCAGCAGGCAAGUGGAGUGAUGUUGUCAAGGUUAGGCAAAAGAUGUCUGAUAGCGGAGUGAAAAAAGAACCAGGCUGUAGUUGGAUAGAGAUUGAUGGACGUGUCCAUAUAUUUGUGCCACAUGAUGCCUCACAUGUACAUGCGAAGGAGAUCUAUGCAAAAUUAGAUGAAUUGAACAAAGAACUGAGUCUAGCAGGAUACGUUCCUGAUACAAAGCUUGCACUACAUAAUGUUAAUGAUGAUGAAAAGAAGGAGUCACUUCUUUACCAUAGUGAGAGGCUGGCUCUUGCAUAUGGAUUGAUAUGUACAAACUCCCCGAAAAUUAUUCGCAUUUUUAAGAACCUACGUAUUUGUGGAGAUUGCCAUAAUGCUAUGAAGUUCAUCUCAUCUAUAACCAAAAGAGAGAUUGUAAUACGAGAUAUCAACCGUUUUCACCACUUCAAGGCUGGUUAUUGUUCUUGUCAUGAUUAUUGGUGAUAAGCUGACUAAAGCAAUCUGAGGACAGGAAUCACCUGCCAGGUUGAAACUUCUAGACAAGGACAGAGUGCAAGCUCUGCGUCAUAUCAUUCUCUGGUGUGGAGAUGCUCAGGCAGGACUGCUCGAGACUCAUUUUGAGAACAAUCAGCAAAAUUCUGCAAGGAACAAGUCAAAAACAAAAGCUCUCCUCCAAGCAAGUAUGUUUGGGCAUCAAGAGAUUUGCGGAACCCAAGGCACUCACCGGAGCAUCUGAUGCCUUGAUGCAAGGGAAAUGGACUGACCAUAGAACAAUUAGUAGCACUAGCAAGGACGGGACCUAAAAUGAAGAUAACAUGGGCUUGGAGAGGUUUGUCAGAAAGAUGUUGAAUUUGCAGUGGCUUUUAUAGGAAUCAAACCAGUGCUCUGUGAGGUAACUUUGGAGAUGAGGUGCUUGAUCUCAGAACUCGUUUGGCUCAAGAGAUUGUGAAAGAUUGAAAGUUUAGGAAGGAGGAGGCUGCAGUAGCUCAUCAGGACAGGGGUAUUUUGCAGUCUCUGAGUGUUCCUAUUAAGCUUGCAACAUUCUGCUGUAUGAAUUCCAGAAAGGCAAACGGUUGUGAGAAAGAACCAUCAAGCUAACAGCAGCAGAAGAAAAGAGCAAUGAAUUUCAGCAGUUAUAAGGACCAGUUUCAGAAAAACUGGCCACCUAUUAUUAUACCAAUGCUCGGGAUGAUGAAGAUAUCUGAGAGCAAGGAAUUGGAACAUCAAGAAGAUGGUGAACAUGCCAAAAGAAUCCUUGAAUGGAGAUACAUCUAUAAGCCAAAAGAGGUUUGUCGGAUGUGUUACUCUUAUUCCUAUAUUUAACUGAAAACAGAGGAUUAUGUAUAAUUCUAAUAAUUGGUUUCACAAAGAUACCUCUCUGUGCGAAAGUUAAGUCGAUGUAAUGAGGUAAGUUUAAGAAAAUCCAAGCAUAAUUGGUGUGACUUUUAAUUUAA